AUGGCCGUGUGUCCCGUCGCGUACAGGUUCACGUGGAGGACCAAGUACCUGCUCCUGCUGGUGUUCGGCGUGUGCAUGAUCGUGUGGAUCAAGUCCCUCGCCAGCGGCUAUGUGAAGACGCCCAAGCAGGUGCUGACCUCAACCGAGGCGCAGAUUCAGAAGGAGAGGACGGAAGGGCAGAUGGAGAUGGAGCAGCAGGACGAAGUGGCUGAGGAGCGAAUGCAGGAAGACCUCUGCCCCGAAAAAUCACCACUGCUCCGUGGAGCCAUGAGGUUGGCGUUCGAACCGUCUCUGACUCUCGGCCAGGUGGAGGUGGAGAACAGAGAUGUGGUGGAGGGACAGUACAAACCGGGCGAGUGUAAAGCUAGGCAGAGCGUCGCCAUUCUCAUCCCUCACCGAAACCGAGAGAGACACCUGCUGUACCUGCUGCACCACCUCCACCCGUUCCUGCAGCGGCAGCAGCUCCACUACGCCAUCUACAUCAUCCACCAGGCCGGUGAUGGUAUGUUCAACAGGGCGAAGUUGUUGAACAUCGGUUAUCUGGAGGCUCUGAAAGACUUCAGCUGGGAUUGUUUCAUCUUUCACGACGUAGAUCUCGUCCCCGAAAACGACCACAACUUAUACAAGUGUGAACAACAACCGAAACACUUAGUGGUGGGCCGAAACUCCACCGGGUACAUACUGAGAUAUAAAGGUUAUUUUGGGGGGGUGACGGCGAUGACCACGGAGCAGUUCUCCAAAGUGAACGGUUUUCCGAACACCUACUGGGGCUGGGGAGGGGAAGACGACGACCUCCGCAUACGGGUGCAGCUGCAGAGGAUGAAGAUCGUCCGCCCACCCGCUGAUGUCGCUCGCUACACCAUGGUGUUUCACAAAAGAGACAACGGCAACGAGGUCAAUAAGGACAGGAUGCAUUUGCUGGGUCAGACGCCUCAGACCUGGAGGAAGGACGGUCUGAACUCGUGUUCGUAUAAAAUUCUGUCCGUGGAGCGUCCUGUGCUGUACGUUAACAUCACGGCCGAUUUGGGCACGCCGCCAAACAUACACUGAGAGCGACCUGCGCUGUGCGUUAACAUCACGGCCGAUCAUCGGCGCACCGCCAAACACACUCGGCGUGACCUCGUUAUUAACACGCAGCUCUCUGACAGACUGAACAAGCUCAUUUAGAUGAAGAGGCCUUCAACAAAAGUUUUGGCACUACAAAACUAAUCAGUCACAUACCUAGUACCAAGUUGGAUGGCUUCUGAUAUCUGCUUGAGAUCAUCACCAACAGGAACUGAUCACACUUGGGGACAUUAUCAGUGUUGAUUGGGGGUGUGUCCUGUGUUCUCAGAAACCCGGAAUUACAUUAAUAACACUAAUAAUAAUAAUCUGGUUCAUUGGUCGCAUUUAAACCAUUUUAUUCCUCAACUUGCACUGUUGUUUCAUUCCCUGCCCCCCGAAAAAACACAGCUUUUGCAGAAUCGCAGAACUCUUGAUCAUACAUACAUUAUACUUUGUACGUUUUGUAAGUUGAUUUUUUUUUUUUAUAUAUAUAUAUAUACAUAUUUAAAUUUUCCUCCAUGUUUGACUGUUGUCAUGGUGACUUGUAGCACAUUCACUAAAUAUAAUGAUAUGCAAACCUAUAGGCACCUUGUCCGCUAUAAAAGAAGUAGACCUCCUCUGUCCUGCAUGCUUACAGGAAUAUAAACUUCAUAAGCGUUAAAUUUAAUACUCGAGUCGCAUGUUUAGUUGUACAGAAUGGCAAGACAUGUUAAAGUCAAGCUAAAGUGGAGAUACAGUGACUGAUUCAGGGGCGCCAGAAGUUUUGUGCAGGGAUGAGAGACGGGAGUGGGUCUCUCGGAUGGUUUUAGAGCCUUCGUGACGUUAAAGACGCGUCACUUGUACUUGGAACUUUAUGUACUUGGUGAUAAAGUUCGAUUUCUCAAAUUUUUUUUUUUUUUUUUGCACACUGAGAUGGUGAAUUUUCAGCAAAAAAGGGAAGACCAGAGGGCCAGAGCUCAGCGGAUAUUAUUUCAUACUCCAGGGACGUUUAGUUCUGCUUAAAUAAACUGUUUCUCUGAAACCGUACAUCUAAUCGACUGACCUGAACUUCUCUCUAAACGCAUCUUUAAUGCUCAAUACAUUUCUUAAAAACAUGGCCGCCGUCAACCAAUCAGCUUUCGGGAGGCAUUUCGGGACGCUUGUUAUUUACUGACAUGAAACUUGAGUAUUAUUCAUUUGUGGUCUCUCGUUAUUGUUCUGUGUAACUUGGCAAGAACUGGCCAUGAUUAGGAGAAUUAUUUAUGAAGGGUGCUUGGACCCCGCUGAUUGCUGCCUGCAGCUGUAAUCUAUAAUGGUAAUUAUUAAGGUUGUGAUUAUCAUGAGACGAAACAGGAAGCUGCUCUCUGAAAAUGUAAAAGUCUGGAUGGGUUCGGGUGUAGUUAAAUUUAGAGGUGCUGCAAUACAGAAUUGCAUGAAGGUUUUGCAUUGUUUUCUUACGUGAACUGCGCUCUUAAAAAAACCAGCAACUCUCAAAAUGCUGCAAGUUCAAAUCCUGUGUGUGUGUGUGUGUGUGUGUGUGUGUGUGUGUGUGUGUGUGUGUGUGUGUGUGUGUGUGUGUGAAAUGUACAGUAUAUUAUAUAUAAUUUGCUGCUGAGACGCUCCGAAUGAGAGAACAUGAGAUGAAAUGCCUUAUUGUUGUUUACAGCAUUAUUUUAUUGUCUGAUUUUUUAAAAAUCUGAAUCCAUAUUAGAGCCAAAUUUUUCGUUUGAUCAUAUUUCACCGUUCGUGUCUGUUUUUUGUUGAAAGUUUGUCUCUGUACAUUUACGUUAAUAUGGUGAUUAUUGGAGUGUUUUUUUUUCUUUGAAUUUCUUUGCAUUCGUUUGCUUUUAUACCUCUUCCCCCCCCUUUUCUAUCUGUAUUUUAUAAAGUUAUAAAGGGGGGGGGGGGGGGGGGGGGACCAACCACCUGAAGCUGUAGUUUCUGUGUGCUGCUGUAAUCCUGACUGAUUUCAGGUUUCAGUAUAUCAAAUAAAUCAUUAUUUGAAGAUGAA